AUGAGGAUAGCAGACCAGCUCGAAUUAAUUCCAGCAGCUACUCAGCCGAGUCCACCUUCUCGUGUGGAACGAAUUCCAGAAGAAGCUUCCUCUUCAAAUAUAUGCCUGAAAGUCCCAGCCUGCGACACAGAGACAUUCUAUGGGGGUUAUGAAGAAUGGCCAGCUUUUCGUAAUAUGUUCACAGCUGUCUACAUUAACCACUCUAAGCUCUCCCGUGCACAAAAGUUGUACCAUCUCCGGUACAAAACGGAAGGCAAAGCUGGCUCAAUCGUCAAACAAUACCCCUUGAGCGAUGAUAAUUUCGAGCUAGCAUUGGAGGCAUUACGGGCAAAAUACGAAAACAAACGUAUUCUAGUUGACAACCAAAUAAUAGUCCUACUCUCGCUGCCCAACGUACAAACCGAAAAUAGCAAGCAAAUACAAAGACUGCAAACAACAAUAAAUGGCUGUCUGUCCGCCUUACAUUCCCAAGGCGUAUGUACAGACAGUUGGGAUCCAAUGUUAGUCUAUAUAUGCUCCUCGACUACCUGA